AUGUCACAGUUGGAGGCUAGUUUUGAUGGGCCCGGAAGGCCGGACAAUGAAAAUAAGAUCUUUGACCAAAGCAAUGACAUGAACAUCCUUGACGACGGAAGUAACAAUAUUUUGGGCGACGUUUAUGGAAAUGGCCUUGAUACCAUGAAUGCCCAAUCAGGGUUCAAUUUUGAUGAGACUGACGAUUUUCUCAAGUCCAUUUCAGGUGUGUUGGGUAACAAUAAGCCUGACUUGGCGAAUAUUAACCUCAAUAACGUCAACUACAACAACUCGACAUUAUCACCUUCCUCGAUUAACGGAGAAGAGGUUGGUUUCCCAGAAUACUUGGGAGCUUAUCCUGAUCAACCUCAGGCUACUUUUCAAAGUGGUCUGCUUGAACAACCGUUGUAUGCCACAAGGAUAAGGUCACAUUCGUCAUCAAUUGCUACUUAUAAUGGUGAAAAUAUAUCACCUUUGUCCAAUAACACCAAUGAUACAUCUGACUACACUUCGCCAGAAUCAGUUCAAAAUCACGUAAUUGAAAAACCACCGGUGAAGCAAACCAAAAGAGGCUCAGCUUCCAAAGUGACAAAGCCUAAGAAUCCCAAGGAUAAAAGCUCACACAAUAUGAUUGAAAAGAAGUACAGAACCAACAUUAACUCAAAGAUUUUGAUCUUGAGAGAUGCUGUACCUGCUUUGAGAAUUGCCGCUGGUGCCGAAGACGUCUCCUUGGCUGAUUUGGAGGGUAUUACCCCUGCUUCGAAAUUGAAUAAAGCCAGUGUUUUGACCAAGGCUACUGAAUACAUCAAGCACUUGGAGCAGAAGAAUGCAAUGUUGAAAGACCAGAAUGAGUACUUGCAAAAAGUUCUUCAAGAGGCUAACUUGAGCUCACAAAUACAAAUGCCCUUAGCACAACGUCCAAUACCAAGCUCCCCCAUGGAUGGGAGUCAACAAAUAUAUGGAGACAUGAGACCAAACAGUCUGCAGAGUUAUGAUCACCAGGCUUACAUGCAUAACCAACAAGUGGCAGCAGGCCAGGUAGCUCCAUUACCAGUACCACCACCACCAUCAUCACAACAACAACAACAGCAACAGCAACAACAACAGCAACAACAAGAGAAUUCGAAUGGGCCCAACAGAUACUUGUUAGGAGGCAUGGCAACUGUCAUGGCUACUUCCUUGUUUGGUGGUUCAGGUGAGAAUGAUUUCAGAAGUUUGAGUGCAUUGCCUUUUGCCUCAUACUUGUUCCCAAGUGCAUUUUUGAAUCCAACACCUGCUGUGAUCCACUUGUGGACAUUGAGCAAGUUAUUGUUGGUUUUGGGAAGUUUGUUCACCGUUUUUUACCCAAUGGUUCAAAGUUUUGUUAGCAAACCCGGUGAUAAAGGGUUAAAGGUAGCCACCGAGUCUAGUACCUUGAUGGAUUGUAUUUUGGUUUCAUUAUACAUAAAAGUGCCCAACAAGUUGUCCGAGCAGCGUCGUGAAAGAAUCAUUGCCAACUUGAGAGGAGGCAACAACUGGAAGCAAAUGGCUUGGGACUACAUUGAAUUGUCAUCAUGUGAAUCCAAUUUCGAAAACACAUUUUUGAUGUUGUUGAUUGGCACUUUGUUGAAAAACAAAUUUGAAAGAUUUUCGCCAAUGAUUAAUCACUUCUUAACCAUGAAAGGUGGAUUGAUUGUAAACCUUGAUUACCGUGGUAGCAACAAGACAUUGAUCAGAUUGAGUCAGUUGAUUGGUAAAGUAGAUGGCCUUUCGAUGUUUUCUAGUGAACCAUUGAUGACGAGAUUGAGCAAUGUGGCAACUGGUCAAUAUAUGAACGCUGGUGUCGAAGACGGACAAGAUUCAAAAUACGUUGAAGCUUAUCAGUACACUAUUGGCGAUUACUAUAAUUUGAUUAUUCAAUGGAGAAUUAUUGACAUUAUUCAUGCAUUAAACUUAUCCUAUUUGGAGAAAUUGAACGAAGAGGAUACUACACAAGUGUUUACUGAUUUGAAAAUUGUUGAAUCAAUCAUUGACAAAAAAUCUCCAAUUUGGCCCCAAUUUCAAUUGUUUAUGACUAUAGUGGAUCCAAAUCAAACAUUGACAUUGAUUCAAGAGUUGAAAAACAAAGUUGAGUACCAGGUCAAUAAAUUCAAAUCCGAUUGUAAAGACUUGGAAGAAGAAGAUUCAGAAGAUUCAGAAUAUUUAUCGUCAGAUCUUGAUUUUGAAUCUCUUGUCAAAAGCUUGAACUUGGUGUCACAAGAAGAAUUGAUCAUACUAUUAUCGUCAUUAGUCACGUACUAUCACAAUCUUGACGAUAGCGAUAAAGAGGCCGAAUUUUUAAGAUGUUUGAGAAUACCCAAUAAGAAAUUCAGUUUGUUGACAUUUACAGCAUUGAUCAGUAUGCUUACUGCAAUAAUUCCUGGUCCUGUUGAUGACUUUGAUGGUACUUCAGAAAUAUUGAUUCUGGUUCGCAAUUGGAUAAAAGAGGGUUAUUUGGAGAGGAAUAAGUUGGACACACAAUCUGUUGACCUCGACCCUAAAUUGUUGGAUUUGUUGCUUUACAAGGGAAAGAUAAUAAAUGGCAUAGAUGUUGAAGAAGAUGAAGAGUAG